UGAAAUUUGAUUAAUUACUCAUCUGUACCUUGCGAGAGUAGUUUUCGAUAAGAGAAAAAAAAAGAAAAAAUAAAUUCUGAAUAUUUGAAAUAUAACUGGAGCUUCAUGUUGAUGAAGCGGUAGUAGUCAGCUUAGAAAGAAUUACUCACCACAUAAAAAGUGAAUAAUUUUGAAUUUAGUUUUGGAAUUUGGAUUAAGAGAUGGACACCUUCUCUGUUUAGUUUGCAUUCAUUUAAUGACAUUGCUUUGUUAUGAGUUAUUUGACAUAGAUAUUUCAGAAUCAAUCUCACUGUCCGCAUGAGAUAGCGGUAUAAGGUCUUUGUACAUUUUACUUUGCCCACACCUCACCUAGACGCUUUAUAUAUAUAUAUAUAUAUAUAUAAAUAAUCAAAACUUUAUGAAUCAAAAUUGGCUUUCCUAAAUGUUUGCAGCAAGCCAGUUAGGGAGAUUGGCGCUUUCAUGUAUCGAAAAUCGACACCCCUCUUGGACUUGCAAUAUAAAUGUUACAUACUUUUCUAAAAUUUUAAAAAGCGUAGAGAAAAGUAUUGUUAAUUUCUCUUAUUUUUUAUUGAACAAUUAAAACAUAAAAUAUGAUAAUUCGUACAGUUUUAUGAUUAUAUUAUGGAGUGUUGGACAGUUUUCCUUUUUGAAUGUUACACUUUCACUAUUGACUAUCAAGAUGAGGAUGUGGUUGAGAUUGUGUGAGAAAGUAUGAGCCAUCACGUGGCCUAGGAGGACUUGGGAAGAAGCAGUAAAGUGUAAAUUGUCUUUAUGCAACAGCAAGUCCAAUGAGGUGUAAAUUGUCUUUAUGCAACUGCAAGUCCUUGGCAUCAACAUUUAAUGCAUUAGCAAGCUCAGGAUUUAGCUACACUUCUCUAACUAUCUCUGUGUAAUGCUUUCCUCCUAAAGCUAGAGCCACCUACAGAAGUGUGAACCAAAAUAAGUGUAAACAAGUAAGGAUAAGUAUAUAUAUACAAGGAGUGCUUUACCUUUCUUUUAGUAAGUCAAUUUUCCAGCCAAUGAACUUCCGAUAUAAGAUAUUCCUUCCGUUUCAGUUUAUUUAUCUUACUUUCUUUUUAGCUUGUUUCAAAGAGAAUAUUUUUUUCCUUUGUUUGCAACUUUUUAAUUCUAAACUUUUCACAUAACUUAUUUAAGACCAUAAUAUUAAAGACAGUUUGAUACAUUUCAUAUAUCUUUAUUUUAAAUCACAAGAUUCAAAAAAAUUCUUUACUUUGGACAAACAAAUUAAAACAGAAGGUCAAAGCCGGACAAACAAAUCAAAACAGAGGGAAUCAAAUUAAAGUUUCUCAGGACAAUCAAAAGCUCUGGUAUCCCAAGAUCAAUUCUCAAAUCAGAGAAAAAUUGCGGCAUUUUUCCUUUUAAGUAUUUGCAUCACUCAGUCUUACAGUAUCACUUUCCAUUGAUACCAAAGUAUAGCUCUAAUUUCUCCAAAUUCUUGCGCUGUAGCAGCCUCGGCUCUCAUCACCAGUUGAUGGUAAAGGAAAGUCCCUUUUGCCAUUCGCUUAUUUUGUUCCCUGCCAUUACACAAGGUUUAGUGUUGAUUUUUCGAAGAAUAAGGUUGAAGUGUUGAUACAUGUUGUCAGUUGCUUGGAGUCAAUGGGAUCUCAAUCUUUGCUAGAAUUGCUUACCAACAGUCCUCAAGCUUUGCUAGAAUUGCUCACCAACAGUCCUCAAUCUUUGCUAGAAAUGCUCACCAACAGUCGGUUGAAGGUGGUGUACCAAUCUUAUGAGUGAACUUUUAUUUACUUGGUUGAUAGGGAGUCUGCUUGGGAGGUGUUGGGUGUUUCGAGGGGUUGGUCUGGCCGGUUUCAGGGGGAUUGGUGGAAUGAAGAUGUUAAGAAGAAGAUGGAGUCGAAGAAGGCGGCUUACGGUAAAUUGGUUGAGAGCAAGGAUGAAGAAGAGAAGCGGGUGAGCAGGGAGGAGUACAAGUUAGCUAAAAAGGAGGCUAAGCUAGCAGUUACGACUGCUAAGACAGCAGCUUUUGAGAGUUUGUAUAAGGGGUUAGAGGAGAAAGGCGGGGAGAAGAGGUUGUUUAGGCUGGCCAAGGUUAGGGAGAGGAAGGGUCGUGAUCUAGACCAGGUGAAAUGCAUUAAGGGGGAGGAAGGUAGAGUUUUGGUAGAAGAUGCCCUCAUUAAGAAAAGAUGGCAGUCGUAUUUCCAUAGGCUUUUGAAUGAUGAAAGGGACAGAGGUGUUGUGUUAGGGGAGUUGGAGCUUUCCGGGGAGUGUCGCGACUUUGGCUUUUGUCGGUGUUUUAAGGUAGAGGAGGUCAGUGAGGUUAUUCACAAGAUGCGAAGGGGCAGGGCGACGGGCCUGAUGAGAUUUCGGUGAAUUUUUGAAAGUUCUCUGGUGGGGCAGGGUUAAGGUGGCUGACCAACUUGUUUAACAAUAUUUUCAAGUCAGCAAAGAUGCCUGAGGCGUGGAGAUGGAGCAUGAUGAUUCCCUUAUAUAAGAACAAGGGUGACAUUCAGAGUUGCAAUAACUACCGGGGUAUUAAGUUGUUGAGUCAAUUCACCUUGUGCAGAGACUGGUAGAGCAAUAUAGAGACAGGAAAAGGGAUCUUCACAUGGUGUUUAUUAACUUGAAAAAGGCGUAUGACAAAGUCCCUAGGGAGGUUCUUUGGAGAUGCUUAGAGGCCAGAGGGGUCCUGGUGGCGUACAUCAGAGCGAUUAAGGACAUGUACGAGGGGGAGAAGACUUAAGGACUGUGGGAGGAGAUUCUGAACCUUUUUCGAUCUUAACAGGGUUGCACCAGGGAUCAACUCUUAGUCCGUUUUUAUUCACUUUGGUGAUGGAUGUGUUGACGCGGAAUAUACAAAGCGAGGUGCCUUGUUGUAUGCUUUUUGCAGAUGAUAUAGUUUUGAUUAAUGAGUCGCGAUAAGGGGUUAAUGAUAAGCUGGAGGUUUAGAGACAAACCCUAAAGUCUAAAGGUUUCCGAUUGAGCAGGAGCAAGAUGGAGUACUUAGAAUGCAAGUUUAGUGACUCGAGGCAUGAGGAGGAGGUUGGAUUCUCAGGUGGUUUGCAAGAGGGAUAGUUUUAAAUAUCUUGGGUCUAUGAUUCAAGGGAAUGGAGAGAUAGAUGAGGAUGU